CCACCUCCUCCUCCCUGUUCUCCCCCGGGAUCACCGCAAGAAAAACUGUACCUUUAUAAUAAUCGACACAACGGUCUUCGGUCACAUGGCGCCUCUAGCCUUGUUUUCAAAAAAGUUGAGGGACUUAAGGAUGGGGAACUGCUCAAUCAAAGGGGAUGCUGAGAAGAGCCCCUCUACCAAGAAGAGCGGCAACUUCCGGGUGCUCACCGAUGCCGGGGUGGUCGUCGAGUUCCAGGGCCCCAAGAUAGUCCAGGACGUGCUCGAUCACUACCCCGGGUACGGCGUCUACAGGCAGGGCCGCGCGUCGUCUCAGUUGCCUUGUGAUGAGCGUCUUGCUGGGGCCAAUUGUAUUACCUUCUUCCACUGCAGAAGGAGCAAGGGCAGGAACCAGGCGUGGAAAAUGAGUGCGAAUUAGAGGUGAAAGAGGAUGUCAGCCUGGCUGCUGGGUCACAGGGGAGAUCUUUGGUCGCCAGGUCGGAUCUCGUCGAGAACUUUGCUGGGGGGCUGGGCCCAGCGAUGGAGGUGCUGCCGCGGGACGGGAACGGGAUGUGGAAGGUGAAGCUGGUGAUGGAUACAAAGCAGCUGGAGGAGAUAUUGUCUCAGCAGGUCAAUGUGGAGGCCCUGAUAGAGCAGAUGAGGAUGGCCGCAAGUUCGGCUACCCUCCCGCCGAAGAGAGCAAGGGGUUCAUGGGGGGUCGGCUGGAGGCCAGCUCUUUCUAAUGUGUUCAAAGUUGGGUUUGAUGAUGGGAAGUGAAAGCAAGCAGUGAGGGCUUUGCUUGACAGCCUGCUCUAGUGGGAAGGACUAGGGAAGGUGUAGUGAGUGACUUUCUAGUAUCCAUGUGAAACGGCAUGAUAUGUCUGAUUAUCAUGCGUGUAUAUACUGAUCUUUAGCUUGACUUACCAUUCCAAUUUGGGUGGCAACAUUGUAACUUGAGUGAUCUGGAUUUUGGCUUUCAUGUCUCUCUUGAAUUUCUUAGAGUUUGGACC